GGGGAACUUAAGUAACAAGACAAGACAACGGUGUGACAUUACACCUGAAAGGAUCAUGGCAGUGGAUGUCCCUGGACUGGUGUCUGUGAUCAUUUUUUAUAUUCUUAUCCUGGCAAUUGGAGUAUGGGGAUCGCGUAAAGCCAGGCAUGUUGAGAAGAAAUGCACAGGCCCAAAGAGCGAGAUUGCCAUUGUUGGUGGCCGCAACAUCAGCGUUCUGGUUGGGAUGUUUACCAUGACAGCAACAUGGGUUGGUGGAGCUUAUAUUAUGGGAACUGCUGAGGUUGUUUAUUCUCCCAGCCAAGGCCUUGUCUGGGCUGUGGGCCCCCCUUCAUUUGCAAUGAAUUUUUUGUUGGGUGGACUAUUUUUUGCAAAACCAAUGAGGUCAAUGUGUUAUGUGACCAUGUUGGACCCGUUUCAGAUUCGUUAUGGCAGCAUAUUUACGGCAGUAAUCAUGCUUCCUGCUUUGGUCAGUGACAUAUUAUGGGUUGCCUGCAUCCUUGCUGCUCUUGGUGGAACUAUGAGCAUAAUUCUUGGGAUAUCAUCUACCAUCUCUAUCAUCAUCUCAGCAGCUGUCUCCAUCAUCUACACAUUUCUUGGAGGCCUUUACUCAGUUGCAUACACUGAUAUUUUCCAGCUUUGUUUUAUUUUUGUUAGCCUGUGGAUCUCUGUCCCGUUUACCGUGCUUAGUCCAGCAGUUACUUCUAUUUCACAAACACUUCCACUCAACCAUACAAAUAAACAUGAAUGGAUUGGACACCUAGAAAUGGCGGACGCAGGAAAGUGGGUCGAUGAGAUGCUGCUGCUGGCUUUAGGGGGACUGUCCUAUCAAGCUUUAUACCAAAGGAUCCUCUCCGCAUCCUCCUCUGCUCAGGCACAGAUCACCUGUUUCGCUGCUGCUGUGACAGUUUUUAUCAUGGGAAUCCCCUCAGUUGUCAUUGGAGUCAUGGCUGGUGCUGCAGACUGGAACCAGACUGAUUACGGUCUCCCUCCUCCGUUUGAACGAGGAGAUGCAGGGAAGAUCCUGCCUCUGGCUCUGCAGCACCUCACACCCACCUGGGUGGCAGUGUUAGGCAUUGGUUCUGUGGCUGCAGCUGUUAUGUCCUCCAUGGACUCUGUGCUGCUUUCAUCAGCAUCUAUGUUUACACAAAACAUAUACAAGAAAAUUUUGAGGAAAAAGGCCUCAGAGAGGGAACUGCAGUGGGUGAUCCGCAUUUGUGUGCUGGUUGUAGGUCUGGCUGGAAUGGGUUUGGCCUUUGGGGAUGACAGUGUAGCAGCUCUCUGGAUCCUAAGCGGAGAUCUCCUCUACUGUGUGAUUUUCCCACAGCUGGUCUGUGUUCUGCACUUCCAACGUGCAAACACCUAUGGAGCUAUUAGUGGCUUCGUGGUGGGCUUGUUGCUCCGGGUACUGAGUGGUGAACCCAUACUAAGGAUCCCUCCUGUGCUCCUGUACCCUGGAUGGAGGGAGGAGAAUGAUCGGAUCAUACAGUACUUUCCUUACAGAACUGUCGCCAUGUUAUCAUCUUUAAUAAGUAUUGUAGCAGUGUCAUGGCUGCUGGACCUGAUCUACAAUCGUCAACUUGUUCCAGAGUCGUGGGACUUUUUGCAGGUUUUUAAAGAGAAGAAUGAGACCGAGGAGCAGGACAGAGAAAAUGAUCCUUGUGAAGAAAUGAACCAAGUUUUCAACACAAAAUUCUGAAUUUCCAGACAUGCAGUAUACGACCAGCAGUUUUUGUAGUUUGCCAAGGCAGCUCCAUUACUGUAGUAACAUUGUUUUGUUUUGUUAUUUUGUUUUUUAAGAAAUCUGUUACAGCCACAUAGAGGCUGGGUGAUCAGUUUCUGGUUUGUUGUGCCUUCCUUAAGACUUCAUGUUCUUGAACUUCUUCUGAUCACUUCCUGAUGCAAUAACAAGCUUCAGAUUGUUUUGUCUUGACUUUAUGUGGAGGACAAAUAGUACUUACAUGUGAAACAACAGAACUCAUUUAACAGCUGUCAAUGGUCAAGCCAUUCUACCACAGUUCUAAGCACUGGAGAGUUUUUGUUUUUCACCUUCAUCAAAUCCUCUCAGUAUUAAAGUUAACUUUGUUUCAUAUUGUUUCACUUAGGUCAUUUCAAGCGAGUUAAAUGAAAGUGCAAUAAAGACAAUAAAUUAGUAUGGAUAUAAUUAUAUAUAGACAGGGGAAUCUAAGUGAAAUAGUCUGCUUAGAUGACUUAUAGACACAUGCACUGUUAGGACGCCCUACCUCCUCAUCCCCCAGUUUAUCUGUAAUGUGUCUGUUGGAGCAACAGAGGGCAGAGUUGUCAAAACAAAUGGGAAUGGUG